AUGCCCCCAACCAUCCACAACUUCGACAUCCACCAAGCCCGCCACGACUUCGCAACCCUCAACCCAGACUGGCGCGCCAACAUCCAAGAAGCCUUCGCCCUCAUCGACACCCAAAACGCCGGCUCCCUCUCCGCCCGCGAGUGGCCCUUCGCCCUGCAAGCCCUCGGCUUCACCCUCCCCAAGCCCGAGACCUACACCCUCCUCUGCGCCCACGGCGUGCCCCCCGAAGACUUCGACCCGCACGGCGCCGGCCCCUCCGCCCCGCCGCAGCAGUGCCCGCCCGUCCGCCUGCGCAUCACCCGCGACGUGUUCGAGGCCAUCGCCGCCUGGCUCAUCGCCCGCCGCGACCCGGCAGAGGAGGCCGACGCCGCCUGGCGCCUCUUCGACCCCCGCAACACCGGCCGCAUCACCGUCGACGGCCUCCGCGCCGUGUGCCAGGAGGUCAACAGCCCCAUGUCCGAGCCGGAACUGAAGCGCAUGGUUGAGGCUCUCGACCUGACCGGGAAGGGGUGGGUCAGUAAGGACGAGUUUAUGGAUAUGGCACGCGGUGCCGUGAGGGACCGGAGGACGUGA